AUGCCCUCCGUGCAGGCCAUAUACCUUCCCCCGCUUACCGGAGCCGUUCUUAUUGGCGUAUUUAUAUCAUGCAUCCUCUAUGGUAUCACUGUGUUACAGACGUGGAUCUAUAUCCAGAGAUACUGGAAGACAGAUCACAUGGGUGUCAAAUCGCUGGUGAUAAUGAUGUGGAUACUCGAGACCCUCCAUAUGGUUAUCGAUUGUGACUUCAUAUGGCGGAAGACUAUCGUGGAGUUUGACGAUCCCGACAAAUUGCUGAGGACGACUGCGUCUGACCAGGUGGCCACAAUUACUACGGGGAUUAUCAUUUUUCUCGCUCACAGAUUGAUAUUCCCCGCCUUCAGUCAGUUCGGCGCCCACGUCACGCCCUACUAUGCCACUUCGCAGGUCCUUGCUUCCGUGAAUGAUACUUUCAUCGCUGUCACUAUGUGGUAUCUAUUGAGGCGUCAUAAUAAGAACACCAUGGUACGAAAGACAAGCAACCAGCUUCACAAGAUUAUGACAUACUGUUUGACCACUGGCGUUCUGACUAGUGUAACAGACAUCGUCAUAUUGAUCACGUUCGUUUCCAUGCCCAAUAAUCUUGUCUACCUUGCCAUCUUUGAUUUCGUCAACAAUCUCUACGCCAACGCCUUGCUGGCAAUGCUUAAUGCUAGAGCCUCUUUGAGGGAAUCAGACAACAAUGGUGGAGUCGAUACGCUAAACCUUUCCACUCUUAACUUUUCCGACAGCUAUGCACCUCCCUCCACCAAACGCGGCCCGAUGGAGGUCGGCUGGGAGUCUUCCGGCUCCAGAAGUCAGGCUUGA